AUGACUAAUACUGUAUUAGGUGUCAAUAAUUCAUCACAAAAUGAAAAUAAAUCAUCUGAAAAUCAUGAACAUAAAAAACGACGGUUAGUCAAACAUGUUGUGAAUGAAUUGGGUGAUUUAACACAACAUAAUUUAAAACAAUUGAAAGUGUUAAAUCGUGAUGUAUUUCCUGUUGCAUACAAUGAAAAAUUUUAUAAAGAUUUACUUGAAGCUGGAGAAUUAGCAAAAUUAGGUAAAUAUAAAAAAAUAGUUUAUUGA